AUGAAAGCGAAAACACUUCAGAUACGUUGGCACAAAGAUUCCGUAGCCAUUUAUUCUGUGCAUUUUCAACCAGGAAGGACUGGGAGAUUUGCAACGGGGGGUAUGGAUAAUAACGUUAUGAUAUGGAAGCUUGUCAAAAAUAAAAAAUCGUUACCCUACGCCGCAUAUUUGUCAACUUUAAAUCGUCACUCCGCACCUGUUAAUGUGGUCAGGUUUUCACCUAAAGGUGAUUUGUUGGCAUCAGCUGGAGAUGAGAACAAUGAUUCAAGAAAUUCCUUCGGAGAAAAUAACGAUGAUGAAUUUAAUGACUCUGAAUCUUGGAAAGCAAUGUCUUUGCUUAGGGGUUCACUCUCAGAGAUUACAGAUCUUGCAUGGUCUCCGGACGGAGAAUAUAUCAUUGCAGCUUGCGCAGAGGGUGCCGCACGAAUUUGGCGCGUAAAAGAUGGGGUUGCGUGGGAUCCUCUUGGAGAAUACAUUGCUACUCAAGGAUGUGACCGAUCUGUCCAUAUAUAUUCUUAUAAUGUUCAUCCCAACGGAACUUUUGUAACAACGCAUAUUAGCAAAAAUUAUAGAAUGGAAAUUCCGCACAAUCAGAAAGAAGUUUGUAUAGACAAGACUCCGAAAAUACCUAAAAAAUAUUUUCGUUUGUUUUGUGAAGAAGUGGUAAACACUUUUUUCAGGCGAUUAACUUUUACACCUGAUGGAGGACUUUUAUUGACACCAGCAGGUCAAUAUCCGGAUUCUGUCAUAGAUAUGAUUAAAAUCAAAGAGAAAAAUAAUAUUAUUAAUAGUCCUAUGAAAAAUACAGUUUAUUUAUUCGCUCGGAAUAGAUUAGACAAAUCACCAAUUGCACUCUUGCCAGGAUAUAAAAAACCUUCUGUUGUUGUCAAAUGUAGUCCAGUACUUUACAAAUUAAGAUUUAUUAAACUAAAAUAUCAAGUACAUGAUAACGUCGAUUCAACAAAGAAUAAUAGUUCUUCAAAGUUUUCCAAUGAUGACCCAAACGGGAAACUGCCUUCCAAUUAUCAAAUACCACCUUUGUUUGAUCUUCCUUAUCGAGUUAUAUAUGCAGUCGCGACUCAAGAUUCUAUAUUUAUAUAUGACACUGAACAACAUAGUCCAUUAGCUAUGGCAACAAAUUUACAUUAUGCUUCAAUCUCAGAUUUGGACUGUUUAACUUCUCAUCCUGACUAUUCAAUAAUAAAUAACUCGAUGGAAAAUGGUUCAAUUGAAACAACAAGCAUCUUAAUGUCGAAACAGGAUGUUAACGAUAUACAACCACUUCAACAGAAAUUAUCAUCACAAGAACAAAACUUUAUAUCUGAAAUUGUGCAACAAAUAAGAAAUGGCGUUUCAGAAGUGAAUCAAUCUGAAUAUGAAAUACCGCAAGGGCAAAAAAAGAGAAGAAUUACACCAAAAUUGAUAAAGCAAUUUGAAUGA